CUGCAUGCCCACACCCCACAAAGCUGUUACAAACAUGACCACUCCCGCUCUGCUGCUCCUCCUCCUCCUCAUCUUCUCCAUUAAUGCUGAAGCUUCGUCAUCAGUUCCUCCCUCCAACACCUUCACCUUCGUCAACGACGGCGAGUUCGGCCCCUACGUCGUCGAAUACGACGCCUACUACCGCGUCCUCCCCCUCGCCGCCUCCCCCUUCCAGCUCUGCUUCUACAACACCACCCCCGACGCCUUCACUCUCGCCCUCCGCAUGGGCACUACCCGCUCCGAGUCCCUUUUCCGCUGGGUCUGGGAAGCCAACCGUGCCACCCCCGUCCGCCACAACGCCACCUUCUCCCUCCGCCCCGACGGGAACCUCGUCCUUGCAGACGCCGACGGCCGCGUCGUCUGGCAGUCCGCCACCGCCCACAGUGGCGUCGUCGGCUUCAAAAUCCUCCCCAUCGGCAACAUGGUGCUAUACGACUCCGACGGCAAAUACGUCUGGCAGAGCUUCGACCACCCGACGGAUACCCUCUUGGUUGGUCAGUCCCUUCGGGUCGGGGGAUCGGACAGGCUCGUGAGUCGGGUCUCAGAUUCGGAUAACUCGGAGGGUCCGUAUAGCCUGGUUUUGGAGCCCAAGAGACUCGCUUUGUACUACAAGAGUGAAACCUCUCCAAAACCCUUUCUCUACUAUGAAUUUGUUUUUAAUUCGAAACUAGAAAAUAUUACUUUCGAUUCGCACCCGGAGACCGACGAGGCCUAUGCUUUUGACAUAACGUGGGAAACAUCCGGGGUGUCUUGGAUCCUGGCUAGACCCAAAUACAACAGCACUCUGUCAUUUAUUCGGGUUGGGUCGGACGGGAAUGUCCGGAUCUACACGUUCUAUGACAAUGUGGAUUGGGGUGCGUGGGAAGAGACGUAUACUCUGUUUUCUAGGGAGUCUAGGGAGGCUGAUGAGUGCCAGUUGCCGGAGCGUUGUGGGAGAUUCGGGCUCUGCGAGGACAGCCAGUGUGUCGGGUGCCCGACUCCUAAGGGGUUGAAGGGUUGGAGCAAGGAGUGCGGGCCGUUGAAGGUGGGUUCUUGUGGGGCGAAGGAGUUUGAGUACUACAAGAUGGAAGGCGUGGAUCAUUUCAUGAGCAAGUACAGCAGAGGGAGUGGGCCCGUGAAGGAGGAGGAGUGCAGAAUGAAGUGUAGCAAGGAUUGCAAGUGCUUGGGGUAUUUCUAUCAUCGGGUCGGGUCGAGGUGUUGGAUCGCUUAUGAUCUUAAAACCUUAACCCGGGUCACGAAUUCGACCCAUUUGGGCUUUAUAAAGGCCCCUACGAAGCACUAGGGAGCUUUUGGACAUCAGUUCUCUUAAAGUAAUAAGGUGAAGACAAAGACUCUUCUUGCCUUUUCAAUUACUCCUUUUUCAAGAAGGCUUUUUGUUUUGUUUUUAUGAUUUGAAUGUAAAUUAGGAGCGUGUUUGUUUGUGAACCAAAAAAGAAAAGAAAAUUUAUUUUUUUCUGAAGAAAAUAAAUCAAUUGUAUGACAUUUUCAUUUUCUA